CGAAGCUCAAUGACCUACUGCUCAUAUUGCCAUUGCAAUGUUGAAAACUCGUACCUGUCUCGGUGAACAAGCUGCACAUCACACAGAGGAGGGCAUCGCCGCAUCUCAGAGACCCCACGCAUGCGCCGCUUCCCCGUGUUUUGUUGCUCCCGGUCUUGAUUAUAUAUUUUGCAAACGGCAUACCGGUCUGUCAUUAUCUUCCUUUAAGCCGAACUGGUUCCAGUUUGAUCGGUCAAGCGUCGGCGCCCCUCUCGGUCUGGAUCCUAUCUUGGGGCGCAUCGACCCAUUUAAUGCCACCAAAUGUACGGCAUUCCGAAUCCUGCAGUCUGCACUCUGCAGGCCAGCGAGUCAGGCCCCGAACGUUCCCGCCAACCGUGAUUGGGACGACACCAGACCGCGCUGCGUAGCGGCGAAGCAUGCGUUCAUGUUGGGCGACUUGGACCCGGGGCUGGUUCUUUGUCGGGGUUCUACCCGCUUUCUGUGCAUCUUCUCCUGCGAUGGCACCGCAAAUCAUCCCGCCAUGCUCCUUGUUGAUGGGAAAGGUACGGAGUACGGAACAUGGACAUGCCAACCCGGAGCUAAGCAGGGCUUCUGCUGCCGCGUUUCUCGAGGACGCUACACACCUUUUCGGCGUGGCCGCCGGCAACAGAAGCAGUCACACAGUAAUUACAGAAUCCGUCAGUCUGUCAGAACGCGGUCGUUUGUCGGCAGUAAUUGGAGCUAAGCCCCGAGUUUUCGCCUCUCACCCGCGCUUCUCCAAGGGUCUUUUCGGUCUUUUGAGUGCUUCGGCCAACCAUCAACUCGACGUCUAUCGGAUAAUGGGAGGGUCUUCUUCCUUGAUCCCAUGGCCGAAUCCGACGUCGGAUGUCGCUCGACCCAUUGCCAAGAU